AUGAGCAGACGCGACGAUGGUCCGCCACCCGCCAAAAAAGCCGCGCUUGACAUUGCGGCCAUCCGCGCACAGGUUGCUGCGCGCAAAGCCGCGAUCGAGGGACGCUCCGGCAGCGCGACUCCAGCUGGUAGCCGUGCCGCCUCAGGCUCCAACUCUCCCGCGCCGCCACCUUCCUCCUCCUCUACAGCCCCGGCCAAGCCAGCAGCAAAAGUCGAUCCGAACAUUCGUGACAGGAUCGCGGCUGCGCGCGCGCGCGUUGAAGCAAGGAACGCGGAGAUGAGCUCGAAGCAAGCCGGGCCCGCUGCGCCAGCUGCGCCACUGCCCAAGCCCAAGCCCACUGGCAUAGCUCUGCACCCGCUCCUCAUGGCGGAUAACGUCGAAGCCGCCCAGGAGAAGAACGAGAAGCGCGCAAUGCGUGACCGGUACAAAACCAUGGCGCCCAAGUUCUCGACUGUCCGGGCGAACGCCGCCGCCGUCGAGGAGGCAGCUGCAAAGGCGGCCAAGGCUGCGCCGACGCCGAUCAGCAUCUCGAACCCGUACAUCUCUACGGCGAUGCCGGGGAUCGGGCCCGAGGAACAAGGUGCAGGACCCGGGCCUGCACGUGUGCGCAAGUCACGCAAGAUGGCAUUCAGCACACCCGGCAAGUACAUCAAGCAGGGCGAGCAGCUGCGUAACGACAUCAAGCUCGAGGAGCUCAAGGCGCGUAUUGCGGCGCAGUCGCGCAAGGCCGGCCUCGACUCGGAGUUUGACGUGCUGGAGCGUAGCCUGAAGCGACAGGCACCACCGGCUGUUGAGUGGUGGGACGAGGCGAUUAUGCCUUCGGGGACGGGAUACGACGACCUGCCUAAGGCGCUAGAGUAUAUUGAUACGAACAACGAGAGCUUGGUGACGCAUCUUGUUCAGCACCCCAUUGCCAUUACGGCGGCGGGCGACCGGCGCCAACCCGAGCGCGGGUUGAUGCUCACGAAGAAGGAGCAGAAGAAGAUGCGCCGACAGCGGCGCAUGGCAGAGCUGAAGGACCGGCAGGAUCGCGUGCGGAUGGGGCUCAUCCCCCCCGACCCGCCAAAGGUUCGCCUUGCCAACAUGAUGAAGGUCCUCACAUCCGACGCGGUGCAGGACCCGACAAAGCUCGAGAAGCGCAUUGUUCGCGAAGUCGAGCUCCGUGCCCUAAAACACGAGCAGGACAAUACCGAGCGCAAGCUGUCCAAGGAAGACCGCCGCGAAAAGGGCUACGCCAAGCUCGCGGAAGCCGAGACAAAGAACGGUCUCCAGGCGAGCGUAUACCUCAUCCGUUACCUGACGAACGGGCGGCACAAGUUCAAAGUUCGAAAGACGGCCGAGCACGACCUCCUCACAGGUCUCACAAUCUUCGCGCCCAACUUUGCCUUGGUAGUGGUGGAGGGUGUGGCCAAGAAGAUCAAGCACUACCGGCAACUCAUGACCUCGCGCAUCGACUGGACCGAGGAGCCACGCGCAUUGGGCGAGGACAGUGGGAGCGAGGAGGAAGAAGGGGACGACGAGAAGAAGGAUGGACCAGACAUGAGCACGAACCGCUGUGAGGUGGUCUGGGAAGGCGAAAUUCCGGAGCGCACGUUCAAGUUUUUCCGCGCACGGCACGCCGAGACGGACAGCGAGGGCAAGAAUUUCCUUGGGUCCAAAUAUGAGGGAUUGUGGGACCUGGCGAAGCGGUGGAACUGGGAUGGGGAUGUUUAUUGA